CUUUGUCUAUCACAAAAAUUAAGCAACAUACGUCGUUUCCAAAAAUAUUUUAAGCUCUACCACGAUGAUAGAUUCGACUCAGUCUACAGGUCUUACAUCAGAACAGCUGGAUUUUUGGGAACGGAAUGGCUAUCUCAUCAUCCCCGAUGCACUCCCGCCCCCCGUUGUAUCGUCGCUGCUUGCGGAAACACGCGAACUGCUCUCAAACUUUGAUAUCUCUUCACACCCAAUGACGAAAUUUUCAACAGGUGGCAAAGAUGGCAAAGACCAUGUGGGAGACGGAUAUUUUCUCACUUCUGGCAAUAAAAUUUGUUUCUUCUUUGAAGAAGAUGCCUUCACCGCAUCGGGAGAGCUUCUCAAACCAAAAGAGAUGUCAAUUAACAAGAUUGGACAUUGUUUACACGAGCUUUCCCCGAGUUUCAAGGAAAUAUCUUUGAAUAGUAGGAAUUACGCCAUAGCUCGUAGCUUAGGCUUCAAAGACCCGCGAUGUUUACAGAGCAUGGUCAUUUGCAAGCAACCCGAAAUUGGCGGCGCAGUACCUCCUCACCAGGACUCGACUUUCCUAUACACCAACCCUCCAUCGGCCGUUGGGUUCUGGUAUGCUCUCGAAGAUGCCACUGCCUCAAAUGGGUGCCUGUCCUUUGUUGCUGGUUCUCACAAGCGAGCUCCUGUUCUUAAACGGUUUGUGAGAUCAGAGAAUGGGCAAGCGACCACGUUCGUGGACAAUACAGGACCGCAAUUUCCUUCCGCAACUCGGUUCAUGGACGAGGAGGAGAACAGUCCUGGAGAAUACACCGUUGGCGAGGUAAAGGCAGGCACACUUGUUCUGAUACAUGGCAAUCUUCUUCACAAGAGUGAAAAGAAUCUAAGUGGAAAAAGUCGAUUUAUAUAUACAUUCCACAUAAUUGAGGGUGAGAAUGAGUACGAUGGUAGAAACUGGCUUCAACCACCUAACGACGGCUUUUCGAAGCUCUUGAGCUGAUUAGGAUAACAGAAAAUGCGGUAUGCUUCGUGAUUUCAAUUUCAUCUAUUCAGUCCAGAAGCUCGGCUUGUGUCUGGCUAUCG